CCGCAGUGUCCUGGACAACGACAACGAUCAACGUCAGGGCUGUCGCGCCCAGCUGCCACGUAUGGGCCUCUCCAUGUGCAUGUCCUGCUGUGGCAAACGGCGCGCUCGCUGGUGCAAUCGACUGUGCUCGCGAUCAGACUUUCGAGUCAGCUUUGCGGCACCGGACUGCGUUGAUUGACCGCUUCCGUGCACAUACUUACGUGUCCAUGCGGCUUUGGGCGCUGACUUGAGCCCCGUCGUCCUGAUUCGUAUCACUUCACAGCCUUCUUCCGAUCGCACGUUGCGAAAUUCAGUCGGUCAAGCAGCGAGCAAGAGAAUACGAGCACGGGGGAAGAUUUCGGGGUUAUUGCUCAGGAGCGGACGGAUCUUGGAAGUAGAUAUCUAAUAGGGGCGGGCCGGGAGAGCAUCAAGAACAUCAGGGAGAGCAUCAGGAACCUCCGGGAGAGCAUCAUUUCUUUGACAGAUGGGCGCUGGCUUCGGCUGCAUGUGCGGCGACCACGGCCUGUGGCCUAAGGCGGCGCGCAGCGCUUCGGAAAUGAACCACAAGUCGUGCACGAGCUGAACAACGUAAGGGCGGCCGGGCCGGAGGCAGAGCAUCACGGGACAGGGCACCGCGACCACGUGAAGUCUCGUGUUCAACAGCCCACGAACAAAGAGGGGUACAGUUGAGCAGAGAAGGAGGAAAGCUUUCGGCGAUUGGGGGAGCGUAUACAGACCUAUAUACGUAUACGCUGUGAUCAAUGACUCAUCUCGACCAUCCGCUUACUCACCGUGCCACAUGCUUCACGACUCGAGAGUGACUCAAGCGCGGUGUGACCGACGCGAACAGUCACGGCGGAGCCGAUCGACUUUUGAUUGGUGGCCUACUGCCAAAAUGUCCAUCUGAUAGUCCG